AGUGGUACCGCAUUUAUCUAUAAUAAAGCAUUAGAACAAUACUUUGAAAGUAUUGAAAGUGAUAAUGACGGUAGAGCUAUUAUGAUAAGAUUUAAAAUUAAUAACACAUAUUUAAGAAUCAUUCAACUAUAUUGUAAAACCAAUCAAAGAAACAUUAAAUCAUGUACAAAAGUUGAUAAUUUAAAAGAUUUAAUUUUAGAAUGGGUAAAUAAAGGAAUUAAAGAAAAUGAAAGAAUAAUAGUGAUGGGAGAUCAAAAUGCUGCAUUUAAUCCAUCUCAAGAUAGAAAAUCAACAAGGAAAGAUAAAAUUUCUAAACCUGAAUCAAUUCUUAUAAAAAAAUUAGUUAACGAGAUUAAAUUAAUAGACAUUUUUGCUUUACGAAAAAAGGAUAAAAAUGUAAUGACUUAUAAAGAUAUAAGUCGAUUGGAUUAUAUCUUAUUAGAUAAAAAAUUAAUAAAGUUGAGUUUUUAGAAUUUAUAUAGAACUUAUUAUAGGAUGAUUAAUAGUUUAGCCUUAGGGGUUAAUAUUGUUAGUUUGAUGGACCGUUCAUGCAAUUUUAUAAUAAACUCCCGUUAUUUUACGAAAA